GUCUAUACAGACACGAGGCGGCCUCAUCUCCAAACAUUUACAUUUACCACCUUACCGAGAUAGAAGCAUUCUCAUCUGCUGAAAAGCCGUCGGGUCCUGUGGUGGUAACGAUCAGCUGACACUGCCCGUAUUUACAUCGGUCGCUAUGGAGAUGCACCCACCAAACGUGGUUCACCCUGCUCCUGUACAGCAGACAGUAGUGCAGACCGUCCCAGCCACGCAGGUGGUGAUCGCGGAGGGUCGGCCGCAGGAUCACUUCGGCUGCGCGCUCUUCACCUGCCUCUGCUGCUUCUGGCCAACCGGCAUCGUGGCGCUCGUUUUCUCCUGCCAGGUCAGUCAGAAGUUGAACGACGGUGACUACGCGGGCGCCAGAGACUCGUCCAGCUCGGCUAACCUGUGGUGGAAGAUCACGCUCGGGAUCGGGAUCGCGCUCUGGAUCAUCGGCCUCAUCAUGAUCCCCGUCUACUACUUCGUGAUCCUACCGGCGGCGUUCUUGAGCAGCUUUCUGUGAUAAAACUCGCUUCUUCUAGAACCGGGAAAGCUUUAAUAGCAAAUGAGCUUUUUGACAAAACAGUGAUCGUUUCAUAAUGCUGUAUGUACAUAUUCAGUCACUUAUCUAGUAUGUUAUUAGAAUUCAAAUUAUUCACUUGUAGUUAGCCCAAUCACUUCAUAUUACUACGUAAGUAUUUGAUUCUGUUCACUUGCAAUAUGUCCCGUGGGUAUGAAUUUGCAAAAAAAAUCUUAUUAAAAAGUUUAGGAUAUUUUUUUGGUAAAUUUAGCGCUCAUCGUUACUUCGAAUUCAUGUUCACCUUCACGGCCAUAACAUAACGUACCUUACGUAACUGUAUGUUGUUAUCAUACAAUGUAUAUUUGUCUUAUUAACAGUUUACAGUAGGUUCGCGGACAGGGAUGCCCAACUAGCUAUUAUUGUGAAUGUUGUAAUCGGUUAACUCUAAUCAUAAGAUAAACGAAUACUCUAGACUUUCCUCAUCACUGAUGCUUCCAAAGUUUAUUCAAGAGACACAUGUACAGUAAUCACGCACACAAUGCCCUUUUGGGACCUUUAUUAUUCUUGUCAAUAUGAUUCAAUAGGUUCAGGUCCAAUUCAAAACCACGACCUUUAUUUAUUUACUAGAAGUACUUGUAG